CCAGUGCAAUUUGCUGAUUUAAGAGGGUGUAAACAUGUUGGUGUUAUACUGUAUGUUGAACUAGCUUAGUGUACAGCUAUAAAACAUUUUUGUCGAGGUUGAGCCUUCCCAUUAAUUUGAAGAGAUUAGACCAACAGUCAUGUUGAAAUUAAAUCUGUAAUCAGAGGUAUAUUAGGUUGCUGAUCAAUUCAACCCAAAAUAUAUGUCAACAAAAAUGUGUUGAUUUGCAGUAUCCACAGCACCAUCACUGUUCCUCAUUCUCUUUCAGUGUAGUUGUGAUGUGGUGGAUUGGUGUUUCAUGUAAAAUCAGCUAAAGUAAUAAUGGUCAGACCGGUGGGUGUAGAAUAACAUGAUGGUCCCCUUGUUUAGGGGGAGGACCAUGUUUUUGACAGUCUCGGUUCCCAACUCUUGAAAUCUGUCUACUCUUGUCAUGGCACAAGCUCAUUGACACACCAUGGUGUAGUGUACAUUAUUCACAUGAUGAUAAUGGUGUUGAUAAGGAUUGUCCACUAAAAUAGGUUGAAAGAGCUGAGUCUGGCAGGUCACAUCCCUGGAGAUGUUAUACAUGCUUGAUAAGCAACUUCAUGUUGUACUAUACCCUGAUUUCAUAUAGCUGUAUUGGUAAACAUUAGUAUUGACAGAUUUGAUCAUUCAGUCUUGUUUUAUGACAGCCUCCAAGCUGCCCCCUAAUCUUAGCCUAUAUUCUUCGUGUCAACUAUCGCUCACUUGAACUGGCAAUAAUGAGCCCUUUCAGACUGCUAACUCAAUAGCCUAACUGCUGUGUUGCCAUCUCUAACUAGGCUAACUAAUGGGCACGUUUAAGCCGCAAUUAAUCUGUUAUGUGCAUGACUGAGUGUUAACAAAAUACUAUAGGUCUCAGGGUCUUUCAACACAUCUCCAUGCUAAAACCAUGUCUAUCUUGAGACUUUGCAAGGCAUUGAACAUUUCGCAAAUCAAAUCAAAUUUUAUUGGUGACAUACACUUGGUUUGCAGAUGUUAAUGCGAGUGUAGCAAAAUGCUUGUCAGAAUAAGAGGACUGUAAUUCUCUAAUUAAAAUAUGAAGUUCUUAUGAGUUCCCUUCAACCUUUCUCCAUUCAAAGACUAGUCAUGCACUUGAUUCCACUGCAUGAGGCAUACACUUUUCACUCCAUAAUUGAUGUGGCAGAGGUGACAGUAUAAAAGGCAUGAAAUAACUAUAAGUAUGUGACAAACAACUCUCACUGUGAAGGGCUAUUCAACUUUUGAAGGUUCUUGGUUAUUUUUUUCUUCUGCACAGAUACCAAAUGAUAGAAUUAGAACCCUCUCCUUUAAAACCCCCAAAUACUUUUCUUAUUAAGCUACUUCGCUCCAACUCAGAGACCCAAGGCCAUCCCUCAUGAUACAUGGCCAAUGACUACUAUGCUCAUUAAUAUCCCAGGACUUGCAUUUUACUUGAGAUCCCAGUGUUACGUCUCAGGAGGAGUAUUUUAUACCCAAUAUUCAAAAAUAUGACUUUUACUUUGACCUUGGGCUAUGACAAUGUAGGUUCCUGACUAUUUUGGGGAUUAGGCUACAUUCUCCAAUGAGCAUGUGAUUCAGGUUUGUCUCCUUGUUACUCUGCAUGAGGAAAGCAGUUUACAGUAUACUGGACCGAAAGGCUAAGCAGAUUAGCAGUUUGGUUUCUACUUCAUUGCAAAACCCAGAAAACAUGUAUAUAAAGUUAGCUAUUUUCUUGGAAAAAAAUGUCACACUCAUAUUUGAGAAUUUUCAGGUGUUUGGAUUACAUUAUGUUAUUUAUCAGAAUAACAUUGAUGUGCACAGUGAGCCUAGUAUUGCCGGGAAAAUAAUUUUGUUUGUUAUCGGAAAGUUCCAUUUCAAGCAUGCCAUUCACUUGGUGUCACUGCAUGGCUGCUGGAAUCAAAAACAUCCCACACUGUUAUUGGGUCUCCAAUCUGAGUUGAUGCAGCAGAAACAUCAGACAUGAGCACAGCCACUGACCCAUCACCCACAUCAACCCUUAUGCAGAAAAAAUGUGGCCACACAUGAUUGCCUGAAAUGUAUCCAGUCAAGCAGGCAAUAGUCUGUUUGAAUCAGCACCAGAUCAAGAGAUGAUUGAGGAACUUAUUUUCACAAGGAGCAGAGCCCAUGCUUGACUGCAGGGGAAGUGUAAUUUUCACAAUGACUGCUGGACUGUGAAACCCACCAUUGUUCUAUUUGUUAGUGUCAGUUUCACUAGGGAGAAAUGAACACAGUUGAUGACUGUAGUUCUUGCUUCCUCCCAAUGUUAUACAGCCAUUACAUGGCUAUAAUAAGUGUAGAAUCUAGUCUAAUACAUACUUUGCCAUCAUUGCAUUGGCCCUCAGGACCAGAGUCUAUGCUGACGCCUUCAAUGAGCCUUUUUGGCCAGCAACAGCCGUUGUUCCAGCCAAUGCCUUCUACACAUACCCUUGGACCCCCUCCACAGACCCUCAGGCCGUCUACACCAGUGGUAGUGGCCCCGGACCCCCUCCUUUUCCCCCUCUACAGCCCUCUGUCUGCCAAACCACCUGCUCACCUCCAGCUGAUGCAGGGCCCCCCCUGCCCUGUCCCCUGCCCUGUCCCACCUCCAACUGCCCAGGUGGCCCUCAGCACCAAGCCCCAGGAGGAAGAUGCUCAGAUCGGGGCCACAGACCAGGACGCUACCUUGGAUGAGCUGUGUAAGCCUCUGUACUGCAAACUGUGCAACGUCACCCUCAACUCUGCCCAGCAGGCACAGGCCCACUACCAGGGUAAAAACCACAGUAAGAAGCUGAGAAAUUUUUAUGCAGGCAGCCAGCAGCUGCCUGCCAUCAGGAUUCCGGAGGUAAUAGAACCAGUUUCCCAGCAACCCCUCACGACUCCACCAACUGAGAGUACAACUCCAAAACAGCCGCUGUCAUUUAACGGUGCUAGCAGGGUGAUCUUAGCCACGGAGAACGACUACUGCAAGCUGUGUGAUGCCUCGUUCAGCUCACCUGCCGUGGCUCAGGCGCACUACCAGGGCAAGAACCAUGCCAAGAGACUGCGGCUGGCUGAGGCCCAGCAGAGCAGUAGCAUCAUAGAGUCAACUGAGUGUGUCCAGAGGCGUCCGAAGAAAGAGGGAAGCGAGUACAAGUUGAUCAAGAACCGCAGGACCUCACAGGUGCCUCCUGCCAUGCCAGCCCCCUACUACAACCCCCGGCCCAGGCAGAGGAUCCCCAGAGACCUGGCCAUGUGUGUGACGCCCAGCGGCCAGUUCUACUGCUCCAUGUGCAAUUCUGGGGCCAGCGAGGAGGCCAACUUCCGCCUUCACCUGGAGAGCAAGCAGCACAAGAGCAAGGUGUCGGAGCAGCGCUACCGCAGCGAGAUGGAGAAUCUGGGCUACACUUAGGAGAUCAGCGCCGCAGCACAGGGAAGGAGAGGGGAAUGGGGGGGGGGGAUUCACACUGAAUUUUGCCAAUAGUAUAGAAAGAACCCGCCAGGCUGUGGGGUUUUGGGGAAGUUUAUCACACAAUCGGUUUCCUUUCCCCAGUUUAAACCCUGUUAUUACUUGAGUUUGAGUAGCUGAACAUUGCUAUGUGUAGUAGAGGAAAGCAAAGUUAUAUUACAGGCUUCUACCAGCCCAGGUGAAUGUACUGUGAUUGCGAUGACAAUUAUUAAGCGAUAGGUAUUUUUUUCAAUUGUAAAAAUCUGACUGACUGUUCUCUUUCCUCAUGUGUGUUUACAUGGGUUUGGUAUGACUCCAAGCAUCUUGGACAUGCCAGUCAACUCAACCUCUGGUCCUGGUCCCUUAUUAUUUUGGGAUGCUAUAAAAGCCAGCUGCGUUAAGCGCUUGACUUCCCUAUGGGAGGUGUGCUUUUCGAAGAGCAGAGUAACUCAGGAGAAUAUAGAGCAGGCCAGAGCAGGACUAGAUUUAAUUGGGGGGAUUUAUUUCCACAUGACCUCUACUCUGUUCUAAUUUAGAGAAAAGGGAAUUUAGACUGUUCAAAGCCCAAUUUGUUCAGAGGAGGAACACAAAGCUUGAGUUCUUAUUCCUAUAUAUCUACCCCUUAAUCCAAUGCAUGUGUACAAGUAAAUCUAGGCAUUCAUUGUCUGGUUCUUUUUUUUCAGUCACAGAAAAAUGAUCGCUCGUUAAUGAUGUGUUCUCUCUGGCUCUCAGAUGAUGUGUUUUUCUAUGUCAUAAAUGCUCUUGUAAUCUAUUUUAAAAUGGCCUUUUUUGUAGUUCUAGUCAGACCAUGGUUUAUUUGUUUUAAUUUAACAUUGCCUUUUGAUUUAUAAGAUUUACUGUGUAUUGUUUUCUCUUUAUGAGUGUUUGUUUAAACAAAUUAGCCAGAUAAAAUAUCUACUGUUAUCUAAUGUAGGGGGGAGCUUCAUGUGCAACAUCACUUUAUUUGUAUACACUUGAUUAUACUUUAAUAUUUCACUGUAUAAAUUAUGUUUGUGCCAUGUACAUGUGUGCAUGAUAUUAUCAGAAUAUAAAUAUAUUUAAGUAUUCAUAAUAUGCUACUAGUGGGAGUGGAGGAACUAGGCCAGUUCGAGAGAGACAGAGAAGGGACCAUUAUAUUGGACACAAGGUAGUGUAUGGGAAGGAGUAUUGCUCUUGUUAUAGAGGAGUGGGUGGAGUUUCAUACUGAUUGAUUGAUUGAAUUUGUUAGAUGAUUAAAAGUAGCAGGCUUCUCCAGCCGGAGAAAACAUUACACUAUUACAGGAUUUGCUUUAAUUAUUGUUAUUUG